GGUGUUCAUGUCUUGUGACGUGUCUUUGCGUGGCACUUGCGGUAAAUUUUGAUUGUUGUAAAUGUAGAUUAGUGGGGAAACCUUACUUUUCGGUGGCAAGUGGUGGCGGAAGUAACUUAACUAACAUACGUUAAUAUAGCAGUAACAUUUUUAGUAGUAAAAAUAUAAAAAAAAAAACAAAAAAAUGGUAAAACCUGUAAGAAAAACUGCAAAUAAAAAUCCACCGAUUUUAAGCCACGAAUUUGUUAUUCAAAAUCAUGCUGAUAUUGUGUCAUGUAUUGCUAUGGUGUUUGUAGUUGGCCUUAUGGUACAAGCUACAUCUCCAAUUGCUUCAAUAUUCAUAACCCUGCAGCACAAUGUAACAGAAGCAGGAGAGGUGCCCCUUUAUAGUCCUGGUGUUAAAGAUUGGGCUUGUAUAUUUUUCUACACCUUGAUUUGCAUUGUUAUCCAUGCCAUUAUUCAAGAAUACAUCUUGGAUAAAGUCUCCAAGAAACUCCACCUCUCCAAAUCCAAGUUAGCAGUCUUCACCACCAGUGGUCAACUGACAAUAUUCUACUUAAUAUCAACUUUGUGGGGACUUGACAUUAUUAUCAAAGAAAACUUUGUGUUUGACAUAUCUCGCCUGUGGGUAGAUUAUCCAGCCCCAAUGACAUUCCUGAUGAAAUUGUAUAUUAUUGUACAAUUGGCUUAUAAUGUCCAUGAGCUUCCUGAACUGUAUUUCCAAAGGGCUAAGAAAGAAGAAUAUAUUGGAAAAGCCACACAAAGCUUGGCAGCUGUUUCACUCAUAUUUAUCCCUUAUUUCCUCAACUUCAACCGCUUACUAGUCUCUCUUUUGGUCCUUCAUCACAUUUCUGAAUUGGUUUACCACUUUUUCCAACUGAUCCAGACAGUUGACAAAGACGAAAAAUUCUCCAAAGUGACCACUUUGGUAUCAAACAGUUUUAAAUUGGUAGCCCGCCUCGGUAGCAUCAUCUUGUCCAUUCUUACCCUUUGGUAUGGUUUGUCUCUCGGUGAACAGCGUGAGCUAGACUUUACAACUGGAUACUUCAACACCCCCGUCGUCCGUAUCGCUGUAUUGGCUGGUAUAUUAGGACUUCAAAUGUACUUGACUUUCAACGUCAUCAGUCAAGAAAUUGCAAGAUCUCGUGAAAGUAAAGGAGCGAGCGUAGCUCCAAAAGCCAAACCCCAAAAGAAAGAGAAAUCUAAGAAAAGCAAGAAAAAUGAAGAAUCUGAUUUACCAGAAGUAGAUCAAAACACGAACAAGACUUUGAAGAAGCAGAAAGUAAAAUAAUUUCUCUCUAUAUUGUCCCGUUUUUUUUUUCAUCCGUACCCAUCGUAACCGUCACAUUUUCACGUUUAAAUUGGUUUUAAAGAUUUAUUUUCAUGUUACUUUAGUAUAUAUUUUUUUAUUACAUUAAAUAUAAGUUUGUGAAGUCCCUCCAAUUAUCAAAUUUUCAAUAAAUUGUUAUACAA